AUGGAGUCAGUCGCAGUUCAGGGAUGCGACCAAGAUAUCAACCAGCAGUCCGAAGCUAGCUCCCUCUCGACUUCCGUUAUGGGCUCCGGGGGUGAGACAGUUGCAGUGUCUGAGCAGGCGGACGACCUGACUCAACAUUUUACAAAGUUGGGUCUUGCGGAAUCCGUUCCGCGACCUGCAGCUGUUGUCUCCUCGGGUUCGUCCGACAGCCCAAUGUGGCAUCUGGAGACAGUGCGGCCUGCGAGAGACCCCACCAGCGCGUCUUCGACCGUUGAUGGUGGUUCCUCUGAACACGCCUCGCAGGCGGCUGUCUCCGUUGCUCCUGUUGAGCCGCGGGGGCCAUCGAUCUUCGAUGAGUCCCCACCGUUCUUCGGACUUCCCUACAUUGGGGACUGUGCACGGCGGCAGGCUCAACAGACCCCGAGCUUAAUAUCCCUGGCCCGCCCGCGAACGUACUAUGACGAUCCGUCAUUCUUUUGGGCUCGGGUCAGGGAUGAGCGAAGGGUGUUGGUGCCGAAGACUUUGGCUGAGGGUCGUCAACGAAUCCCUCAAUUCAGCCCAGCUGCGGUUCGAGAACCCGGCGAGCCAUCGCAUACCGUGUCGGUGCCUGUUAGGCCCUCGACUUCUGCCCCGGGUUCUCGGCCGCGGGUGCCGGUGACCCUCUCUCCAAUUCCGGAGCAGUCUGAGACGGAGAUGAGUCCCGGCCUCGGUCGCUCAAAGGUAGGUGCGGGUACAGAGGUUGCCGCCGGAGCAUCGGCUGCCUCGGCUGCCUCCCAAUCCCCGAUAGUUCCCAAGGAGACUUCCCGCUGCCUGGAUGCUCGCGAUCCAUCUCGUGUGAGCAAAAAGAACAAAACACUAACGCCCAAGAAAGUCAAUAGGAAGCGCACCCGUUCCGUCGUGAGCGACGAGGAAACGGCUGCGGGGGGCCCAGAGACCCCGAUUGCUAACAAGCGUCGGAACCUGGGGGUCCCGGGAAGUACCCCUUUCGCCCGGAGACUCCCCCCUCUCUCCCGUCGAUUAUCGUCGACGUCCGUGCCUUACUCAGAAAGGUUGCGGCGACGGCAGGCAGAGAGAAACGGAAGAAUCCAUCGGACUGUCUUCAGGCUCCCAGAGUAUAUAGCCCAGGAGAUGGCCGAUCGCCAAGCAGCGGAGACCGCUAGCCAACAGAGUGCAAUUCCGGAACCUCCCUUGACGCACGUCGAUGCCCCAGAAGACUCGGAGAAAUCUCAGGACCAGGACCAGCCAGUUCAAGACGCGCCCGCUGAACCCACUUUAGAACAGCCUUCAGCAGCCCUUUCCUCGGCCUUGCCCGAAACGCCUCGUAGAGGCUGGAACAUUCGCGGUCUGCUCAAUUCUGUGCCUCGCUCUUUCUCUCGACUCAUCCCGGGUCUCGGCCGCCGGUCGUCAGCGCAGAUUAAACAGACCGAACAAUCAUUGCCGUCUUUGAACUCUGAGACCACUAAGCAGCCGGCUUCAGAACGUAUCGACCGCACAGUGGAUACUGAGCCAGAGUUUCCCGCUGCCAAAGCCAAGUUCCGGUCCUGGAGGUCUCGUCGCAUGACUACUGGUGAGCCGGCCCAGAAGCGUCGGAAUCUUGAAUACUCUCUUUGGCCACGUCCAAUGGACAAGUCACUCUAUCUUAGUGAUAUCGCCACUCCCCUCCGGGAUUUACCUGAGCCAUCCACCUUGCAGUCUGCUUCUCUGCAGCCUACUUCACAGUCGUCUGCCGUUGAUACACGUCCUAAUGAACCAACUCCCACCUCUACCACCACCGUCAUCUCGGAAUCCUCUGCUCAGAUCGAAAACGCAUCAUCGGCUACUCAGGCUCAAGAGAUUAGAGGACGCGAGACUCCGCAGCAGGCUAGCUCUAACAAGCAGAAGAAGCGCAAGCGUGCGCCGUCGCCCGACGUUAUUCCCAACCCGCCUGGCUGCAGCUACGGAAUGGAUACCGACUACUUCUGGUACAGCUCUGAGAGCGAGGAUGAGGCACCUGAGCAGUCUACUGCUCCUCAGCAGGCCAACGGUCUGGCUAGAACUGCUGUGCGCAGUGCUCUCCGCUCAGAUCGAGCUGCAUCUAAAAAGGUCCGAUUCGACGCUAGCCCCGAGGACACUCCAUCGAAACUUCGCACUCGCGCCCGCGCUACCGACCCUUACACUGGAUCUCAUUUCAUCGGCAUGGGCAGUGGAUCCCCUUCGUCCAGCUUUGCACCUCCGUCGCCUACUCCGAACGCGCCCAGCCCCGCUCCGUUUGUCGAAGAGGAAGAGGAAGACCUGUACGGGCCGUCUCCGGUUGUCGACCCUCGCACUCGUCCGGGAUUCAUCCCCAACACGCAGGGAACUUUCCAGCUUGAUUACGACGCCUUCUCAGAUGACUCUUCUGAAUCUAGUGAACCGUCUUCUCCCACAAGCGCUUCUGCUCCGAGCCCUGCACCUGCUGCGGAGACUCCACUCGUCGAAAGCCCUCGAUCUCCUACACCUUCUCCUGCACCUUCAGUUGCGCCGUCUGCUACACCUCGUCAGACUUCGAUCAUCCCUACAUCAACUCCAGCAGCCGCGGUAGACGACGAAGCUCUCGCAAAGGCUCGGUCUCUGGCCGAAAAACACAAACCCAAAACCCCCAGUCGCCUUCGCACCGCAAGUCGCUACUCUAGUCCUAUGACUAUCACCCCGGAUGCUCGCAUCGAGAGCGCGCCUGUUGAGGAUUUCGGUGAUGACGAAUUUGCCCAAGAUGCUCAAUGGCUUUAUGAACACUGUCCCUCUGGCGAUCUUACCCAAUUCCAGUGGCCAGAUAAGCAGGGCUACCAGGAAAGUCUGGAGAUUAGCCAAACUGCCAUUGAUGUUCUUGCUAAAGUGUGGAACGACUCUGAGGUCGAUGAGGCUCACAAUCUCUUCUGUCAAGGCUUCGAAGAAUUCAAGCAGCAGGCAUAA